GUAAGAUAUUCAGAGAUAUUCAUAUGAAAUGUCAGGAGUUGUAUACGUUUAUGCUGCUAAGAUCUUGUUCUUUGGAUGAUCUCAGUAAGGUCUUCAAAAAAAAUUCCGACAACAUAGAAAUGUUCAAACCUAGGACUACUGGACCGUGUUCCUGGAUAAUCUUUGCUUUGCCACACAUUUUCAAAAGUCAAACUAUGAAUUCACCAAGUACAUCCAAUCUAGAACCAAGAGUAGCUAUUGCUUUGGAACUGAUCGUAUUGCUAGCACAGCCCCAACCAAACUGGACAUUGCUACUCAAGGUAUUGAGCAUGAGACAGCAAAGGGUGAUAAUGAUGAUUUUGACAGCUGCGUCGAAAGUUUUGCAAGAAGGUAUGCAAAAGCAACCAACACAAGACACGGAUUGCGGAGGAUUUUUGUGUUGCAAUGAUGGCACAUGUGUGGAACCAAAUACGCCCACCGUGGUUCGAGGCUAUGACAGACUUCGUAGACCCCUUACUCCAAAUCACUUCAGACACCGUCAGUUCGGCAGUUGAAAGCGGGGCUACAAUGUAUCAAGCUAUGGCGCUUACCUUGUCCUGUUUGAGCCUACUUUGGGACUGCGUACAUCCGGUCCUCAGAAAAAUCGCAGAUUUGCUACAAAAUUAUAUGCCUUUCAAUGUUGUACCUCUACAUCAAUCCUGUCUACUUCAAAUCGUCGUCAACGCUUUGUACACUAAGUUUUUGAACGAUUCGCAAGCUCUCGCCAAAAAUAAAGUUUGCGUUGACAAGGACAAAGUCCGUCAAAAAAUUUCAGUCACUAGCGCUGAGGCAAGCUAUCAAUCGAAAGAUGAAAUUCUCCUAGCAGUCGCAGAAGCUUUGUGCAGUGUCGAUGAAGAUAACAAACAUACAGAUCAAAUCGAAGAAUUUUUAGAGAACGCCAAGAACACUGACAAAGUGACGAGUGCUCUAGACAGGAUCGAGUCGACUUCUCAGAUGGCAGAUUUGUUGGUCAGUGAUAUACUGAUGACAGAUAACGGAAAAUGCAGUUUGAAAACGUUGUUUCAUUUUAUCAAAGGGAAUAAGGAAUGGAUCUAUCAGCAAUUGGGAGUUAGUGGAGAUAAAAGUCGAGUGCAGGAAGCUAGUAGAUCGAAACCUGCCCAACUAAGCCUGACUCAUACGAUGUUUCAUAUAGGAUACCACAAAUUUGAUGAGUUACUGACUGGAGAAUGUAAACCACACUGGUUAAAUCUGCUGCAAGCGCCAAUGGGUUUGAGACCAGAAAAAGUAUGGAGCCAUCUGUCUUCAAGAUGGGAUUUCAGAAACGCUUACUCAUCUAAUCUUCCAGCCCAUCAAAAUGAGAUUAUCAGUUAUAUAAGUUCAUUAUUCAAACAGUAUGUUAAAUAAAAGUAUUGUUCAGAACAACAGACGAUUUGGUCUGACUUAUGUUCCACAGUCUGUAUACAUCGGUAGGAGUUUAGGAAUAAAAAAACUUAGCUCGGUCUUUUCAAAAUA